AGCGGGGCCGAGGGGCUUGUGGUGCUCUGGUCAGAGCUCCAGCUGAAAGAGCGGGGCUGUGGGGCAGCCGCGCUCCCGCCGGCGCUUUGGUCAGGGGAGCGGGGCCAUGGAAGACCCUGGAGCAGACCGCAGCUGGGCCUGAGCAAGGCAGUUUCUGUGGGCAGUUUCUUUGGAGGAAACACAAUGGAAAGGCGCAGUGGAAGACUGGCCAGCCUUCAAAAUCAGAAGCCCAAUAUAUACCGAGAAACAGGGGUGAGGAGGGUUUUCAAAAGACUGUACAAGAGUAAGCACUCUUCUAGUGUCACAAGAUUGAAACGACACUGCAUCCCUGAGCAGGACCGUUGUCCACACAGCGACAGAGAUGCAGAAGACUCAACAGAGCAGCAUACCUGCAGUACAGAGCUGCAUGAAGGAAGCAGCUGCUCCGGCAAAUGUCUUCCUGAAACCAGCACAUUGAUAGACACCACCAACAAUUCCCCUGUGUUGCACAACCAAGGGCAUAUCCCGUUAGAGGAGCAGUCCAGGCGAGUGAUGAAGAUGGUUGCUUUUCUGGCAAUAAUAUUCCUGUUGGGCAUCUUUUCCGCAUUUGUGCACGGCUUUCGCUUGCCUUCUGGGACCUGCAAGCAGCAGAUGCAGUUGAACCUCAGACACCAGAAUGAGAUUCUUCAGCAACACCUUCAGCGGGAAAUUGAUGACUUCCGAAGGCAGAUCGCUGAGCUGCAGAUUCAAGUAGUGACUCUAGCAAAGACGCAUGGACAGCAGCAUUGGAGGACAAAGAAACAUCCAGUAGGGUCAGUGGACAGUUGGGUACAGGGCAACAGUGACUGCAUCCAGAGGGAGGACUUUGCUCUGAAAUCAUUGGGUGCCUCUGUUGUGAAAUACAGUGAAAGCUACAAGACAGGUGCACAUAUCUGUAUAUUUGGACUCUGCUGGGAAUAUUCACGAUCUCCAGAUGUGAUUCUACAGCGGGAUAACACUCCAGGGAACUGCUGGGCCCUGCGUGGAUCUCGUGGCUAUGUCGUGGUUAAAUUAUCCAGAGUCAUCCAUCCGCUUGCUGUCACGCUGGAUCAUAUUGCCAAGGAAGACUCUCAGACAGAAGAGAUAUCCAGUGCCCCAAAGAACUUUGCCAUCUAUGGGCUGAAAGAAGGCUUUGGAGAGAAGGGAGGCGCCUUCCUAGGGGAGUUUGUCUAUGAUCAGGAAGGGUUCCCUGUCCAAACAUUCAAGCUGGAGGACCCCUUCUCUGGAAACGACAUUGAGAUCAUGGUGGAGAGUGGGCAGAGGUCCGAUGCCCCAAGUCCUUCUCAGCAGAGGCAGCCUCCAUAAUGACCAGGGUGAGAGGAGAGGGAAACUCAUGUCUGGUGCCUUUAGAAAGGCCUUUCUCUCUGUCUCUGGGCCUCCCGCCCCUGAGAUCCAGGCUGUUGAAUUUGGGACAUGCGUGAGAGCCGGGGAAGUGCAGGCAGUCCUUGGACAUACGACAUGAUUGGUUCCUGAAAAUUGUGCCAUAGGUCAAAAUGUCAUAACUCAGAACCGCAAUCCACUCCAUUGUGUGACUGAGCAUCAUAAAGUCGAAACCAAUGGCAUAAGUUGAAUCAGGGUGUCAGUACAGAAACUUGUAAGUUGUGUUUGUCGUAAGUCGAACAUCGUAAAGUCAAGGACUGCCUGUAGAUGGAUCCUCUGUGCUUGUCCUGACCUUCUCCACAAUGUUUACCAGAGAUGUGCAGCGGCCAUGGGAGCAGGAGGUUAAGGAGAUGAAAAGCCACUGCUUCUUCCAGGUACCGAACCACAGGAUGGGAUUUAGAUAGACAUUAACUAUCCCUUCCUAGGCUCCUCACAGACUUCCCCUGCAUCCCUCUCUGCUCUUGUUUCCUCCUCCCCCACUCCCUCAUUGCUCCUUACACUCCACCUAAGCCUCCAUGCUCGGCCUCCCAUUCUCACCUUGAUGCCUUCUCACUUUCAUGCAGCCCUGAACUUGUCUCCAGCUUCUUAUCUGCCCAGACCCACCCUCUCUUCAAAUCCCUCUGUCAGCCCCACUUUAUAAUAGUCCUUUGCCUUCUGAAGCACCUCCCAGGGGCUUGGAGAACUUUGCAGAUGCUCAUUAAUUAAGCCUUGCCAGCCUCUGGUGGAGUUCCACCACAGAUGAACUUGAUCUGUAAUCCCUACUGUUAUCAUGCACCAAUUAAGCCAGGAUCACUUAUUAUAUUUGUUUCUUUUGAACUGUUAGAGAGAGUUGCCAUACUACCUGAGGCAUCAUCAGAGCUCAGAACCCAGUGACAAUCCCUAGUGUGAGUAUCCUGAGUUGUGUAUGGUUUUGCAUAGUGCAGCUUUUAAACUUUUUCAGCUCAUAAGGUCUGCUACUAACACUGGUCUACAAUUUUUGAGAAGUCGUCUGCUUCAGAGAUAAAAUAUGAUAUUUAUUAUGUAUUUUGAUGUGCUGAAUUCAAAUAUGACAAUUAAAACAACUGAUUGGCUACUGUUUCUAAUAUAUUUAAGUUUUUACAUUUUAUGUCUAUGUAUA